AUGUCCACUAGUAAACCAACUCUUCCGGUACCUCCAGUGCGACUCCGGAAGCCUAUGGCGUCAUUUUCCAUUCCAAUAAUCCGUGCAGAGCUAGUCAUGGAUGAGUCCCUGACAAACCUUGGAACUCAGAUCACCUACUGCGCUCCGGAAGAAGUUGUUGCCUUUGAUUUCGAUACACGGAGGAAGCACACGACCUGCCGCGUGCCAGUGAUGGAGGGUGGGAGGCUUAGAGGGUAUGUACCUCUGCCCAUGAGGUACCGGGACAUUUGGCUCGAGCUUUCGUAUAAUAUCGUGCUGUUGAUGAAUAUCUGGGAACUUUGGUCGAAGGAAGAGGGAAAGGCUUUGAGUCGGAAGGAGAAAAAGAGGGCCACUGCUUGCCGGCAGAACGUUGGGACAUUGCUCGUUCAAUACAUGCUUUCCAGGCUUCUUGCGGUUGAGGAGUUGGUCAGCUUGAGUCAUAACACCGAACCUGGCGAGGAGCGCGUAAAGAUUCUCAACGAAUGGAAGGUCCGGAUGCUUCGAGAUUGGUCCGAUAUGACGUACUCAGAGGCCAUGUCUGAUGGACCUGAAUUCAUGCGUGCAGAUCCAGCAAGCGUUGAAAAUAAAGCAUUUUUCGAAAGGGAAUGGGAGAUAGAGGAGGAUGGAAUUGGCAUCUUAUCGCCCCCGGCAGACCCCAAUCUCUGGAUUCAUGGGCGUAUCGAAGGUCUGGACGAUGUCUUUGAAAGAACUAUUAAACCUCAGGCAUUAGAAGAGUUAAAAAAGCCCAGCAAAUUCUUCAAGACUCGGUACGAGAGAGGGACGAAGUUACCAGAGCGAUGGCACGAGGGAAAUGAGCCCCGUCCAUUCUUCUGGAGCAUUAAACAGUGGGAUUGGUUCUGUGAAGGGAAUGACUAUUGGGACGCGCCGAUCGACCUUUUGCAUUACGUUCUUAUCACAGAGCCAGCGUACCACGAAGUCGACCAGUUCUUGGGUGACUUGCGCAGCCUCAGCAAAAUCAUUUCUGAGAAUCCUGACUUGAAGAAGAUCGAUAAGGCUGCAAGAGAUCUCUGGCUCGGAAAGAUGAUCUGGAGAGAGUUUGUAGAGAUCUUGGGAGAAAGUUUGAGUCUAUCUGCGAAACAGAUGGUAACUUCGGAAAAAAAGGAUGAUCAAAAUCCUUUCAACACCUUGGAGUUCCGUUUGAUUUUUGAAGGUUAUGUGCAACGAGAGAAGACGAACUCGGAGAGUCAGCGAGCUGACGACAGUAUCUUGUGGCAAAUCCUGAAUCGAAUCAGCACACAAGAGCAUCGACCGGUAUGGGAAUGGGUCGUAAGCGGGAUACACUUGCGUGGCGACAUGGUAAAGUGCAUGUUGAAUCAAGCGGGGGAUUGGUGGCGAGAAUUCAGAAACAAGCAAGUGAAAUCUUCCCAGGUGAAAACGCAUACUACCACAGAGCAUGAUAAUGGCGAUGGUAAUGUUGCUGGUGCUGACCGAUCGUACAAUAACGCAGCACAAUCUUCUAACUCCACGGACUCAACACGCUCACCUGUGCCCCUCCAUCCUCCCAUCACAAACCGUGUUCCCUAUCCAAAUGCCCUUGGUAGUUCGACCGAAUCCAACUCAUGUGCUCUUCAGCACAGCCCUCCCCCCUCCUUUCGCACUCACGAGUCAACACUAGGGAGAUGUCAACGGCAGGCGCUGCCGAUUCUCUCUCGCAUCCAUUUUGCAUUAUCGAGGUAUCUUGAAGGGUCUUACUCAUUAAAAACCUACGAAGAAUGCCUGUUAGAAUCUUUCUCCUCAGAAUUUGAGUCCAGCAUUAGGCAGUAUGUGAAAGAGCUCCAGCCUUUCACUGCGGAACAACUUGCAACAGAUGAGGGAACGCUGAUAUCUGAUUCCUUCAUCAGUCGUGUUAACGCAAUACAGGCAAAUAUAGAAGCCAGAGAGUCGCAGAACCAACUCCUUUGA